AAUAUUCUGGUCAUUUCCACGCACUUUUAAAAAAAAAUACGAUUUUAAUUCGAUAUUUAUCUCUUUGAUCCGCAGAACAAAACCCUUAAACCUCUCCACAAGAUCUGCAGAUUUGCUACUGUUUCCCUCUCAAGAACAACCGUUACAGCAAUCGCAAUUUACUUGAACGAGAAAUUAGGGUUAAGAAACCAGGAAUUUAAAAUGGCAUUGGGGAAGAAUUACACCUUAGGGUUAGUAAGACGUACCAGUUCAUUCGGUAGAAAGAGGAUUUUGAUUUUGAAUGAAAUGGAUAUCGAUUCCAUUUCGCCUAUGAAGAAACGAUCAAUGGUGAACAAUUUCAGUUCGGAAAGAUCGUUGCUUGAAGCUCUCCCUCAGGAUAUUCUUAUUAGGGUUUUGUGUGGUGUAGAACAUGAUGAUCUGAAGAAGCUGUUUCAUGUAUCAAAACCGAUCAGAGAAGCUGCUACGAUUGCCAAAAAAAUGCAUUUUGCAUAUAGUACACCGAAGAAGGUCCCUGCUUUUGGGUGUAGCAUAGAUCCAUCUUUAGACGAUGCUGACGAAAUCGAAGCUCCAAAUGCUCCAAGACAAUCGAGAGUAGCUCGUUCUCGAUUGAAUAGGAAAAAACUGGCCGACAUCUCGGUGGCCUUGUUUGCUGAUGAAGAAUGAGAAGCAAAUGUCGAGAGUUUUUGUGUAUAUGCAAAUAGAAAUGUUGUUGUUGUUGUUGUUGUACCAAAAGGGGUUCUUCAAUUGUUGCAUUGAAGAUGCGAGGUGGCUUAGAAGUGGUUGUACAUUUAGAGCAGAAAGUAUAGAGACCAAUAGAUAUGAACAUUUAUUUAAUUGUUGGUUUUGUGUUGAAACUUUUAGUUCAAUGUAAAAUCUUUCCCUCUAAUCUUCUGUUUGUUCUCA